AAAAAAAAGACUUUCUUUCUUCUGUUGUUGUUGUUAUGCAAAGGCUAUUGUACUUAUAACUACAAUACCUAGAGUUACAACUAAAAAGCAAAGCAAUCGUCACGUGACUGGAACGACGAUCUAUACAGGUGAAAUCAACAGUCAGUCUGCCUCCUUACUAUAUACAAUAUACCGCAGAUUGAUGAUGUAAACGGACCAAUCGCGCCGGCGCUGAGGAAGCUCGCUCUGUUAUUUGGUAAAGGUGAAUCUUGGUAAAAGGAGGGGUAUGCGAAAAAAAUCUUACGCUCACCAAUGACCGACCACGUAAGGGGGUCACGUGCUGCCCCCAGAUCGCUUCCCCUCCCCUCCCCAUUCAUCAGGGGUGGACUGUGUGUUGUCUUUUCAAUUCAUUUAUCUGCAGGAAUGAUUGCGACUAUCAGUCCGAACCAGCUCGACUCGCGGAGGAGGAGGUGAAAAGUUGGGGAAGAAGAUAAACCUGCAGAAAGGACAGAGACAACAAUAAUCGCGCGUGAUUUUGCGCGCGCGCAUCGUCGGAUGAGCUGGACUUGGGGGGAAAUAUUUUCCCUCGCCACUUAAAAAAAAGUAAAUAGAAGUAAACAGGAGACUGGAGUGUGCUUGGGUUGCAUUAAGUCGGAAAGAAAUAACCUCAGCAGAGACAGUUGUUAUAGAGUUGCUGCUGUCUGUGUGUGAUUUCUCUCGGUCUGCUCCUGUUGCGGGCUAAAGAUGCUCUUGGACGCGGGAGCGCAGUAUCCGGCGAUCGGAGUGACUACUUUCGGUUCCUCCAGACAUCACUCAGCGGGUGAAGUGGCGGACCGCGAAGUGGCUUUGGGGAUCAAUCCGUUUGCAGACGGCAUGGGUGCGUUCAAAAUCAACCACGGCUCCCAUGAGCUCGGUGCCGCCGGGCAGGCAGCAUUCUCAUCACAGGCGCCCGCCGGUUACGCGGCCGCGGCCGCCCUGGGACACCACCACCAUCACCAUCACCACGCGACCCACGUUGGCUCGUACUCCACGGCGGCAGCUGCGGCGUUCAAUUCCACGCGGGACUUUCUCUUCCGGAACCGGGGCUUCGGAGACGCGACAGGCGCGCAACAUAGCCUGUUUGCCUCAGCCGCCGGGAGCUUCGCGGGCCCGCACGGGCACUCGGACGCCGCCGGGCACCUGCUUUUUCCAGGACUGCACGAGCAAGCGGCGUCGCACGCAUCCGCCUCAAGUGUGGUGAACGGUCAGAUGCGCCUGGGGUUUUCUGGCGACGUGUACGGACGGGCUGAGCAGUACGGCCACGUGGCGAGCCCCAGGUCCGAUCCACACUAUGCCUCAACGCAGCUUCAUGGCUACGGCCCCGUGAACAUGAACAUGGCAGCACAUCACGGAGCCGGUGCCUUCUUCCGUUACAUGAGGCAACCGAUCAAGCAAGAACUCAUCUGCAAAUGGAUCGAACCGGAGCAACUCAGCAACCCGAAAAAGUCCUGCAACAAAACUUUCAGCACCAUGCACGAGCUCGUCACUCACCUGACCGUGGAGCAUGUCGGCGGACCCGAGCAGUCAAAUCACGUCUGUUUUUGGGAAGAGUGCUCACGGGAAGGGAAACCGUUCAAGGCCAAAUAUAAGCUCGUUAACCAUAUCAGAGUGCAUACCGGAGAGAAACCGUUUCCGUGUCCGUUUCCUGGCUGUGGCAAAGUGUUUGCCCGUUCAGAAAACCUAAAAAUUCACAAGAGGACACAUACAGGUGAAAAACCUUUUAAGUGUGAGUUUGACGGCUGUGACAGGCGGUUUGCUAACAGCAGCGACCGAAAGAAACACAUGCACGUCCACACGUCAGAUAAACCCUAUUUGUGCAAAAUGUGCGACAAAUCAUACACACACCCCAGCUCCCUCCGGAAACAUAUGAAGGUUCACGAGUCAUCGUCUCAGGGCUCGCAGCCAUCUCCAGCAGCCAGCUCAGGCUACGAGUCCUCCACUCCUCCUACAAUCGUCUCUCCAUCCACAGAGAACCAGGGCAGCAGUUCCAUAUCGCCUUCAGCAUCAUCCACCGUGCACCACACCACCACCUCCACCCUGGCCUCAAAUUUUAACGAAUGGUACGUGUAAAUAUUUUCAACAACAACAAAAACAAAAAGACUGCAGAUUUUAAGACUGCUUGGAAAUGAAAACAAUCAGCCUGUUCACAAGGACUCUUAGAGGAAGAGAGAGAAAUAAAAAUGGAGAACCCCGAUUGUUUUCUGGCUAUAUAGCAGAAAGAAGUGAGUGCAUGGACGCGGUGCGAGGCCGACAACUAUAGACUAAAGCGUCUUUCCCUAAUAUACAUAUAUUUUAUAAUUUUCCUUUCCUUUUAUUCCUUUUUUAUUUUUUUUAUUCCUUUUUUUUUGUUGUUGUUUUUGUUUUUGUUUUUUGGGGGGAGAGACUGCUCACCGGGGAUCAGUUGCAUGCUACAAGCAGGUCAAAAACCCUGCUUUUUUUGUACAUAAAGAUUCACCUAGUUUAAAAUGUAAUAUUUUUAUUUUGUAAAUAGUCAUAAUACAGUUUAAGGGAAUUUGUGAAAAAAAAAUGUGGUCCCUAGAUAUAUGGAAAAAUGAGAUGGCUUUACGAAUAUUGCGAUGAUUUAGUCUUGACUGAAAAUGGAGAAUGUUAUAGUUAAUGUGUACCAAAUGUGAAUUCCUCAGUAUUAUACCGUCUACACGUUUACCUAACCGACUAUUAGUAUUAAUGUGCUUUUGUAUCCAGUGCAACAUUUUCGUCUAAGUCCAGUCUGAGUAGCACAAUUGUUGUUAUUUAAUGUCAUGUCGAUAAAUUGUGUAGUGAAAGCCUGAAUCGUGUCAAUCUUGUUUAUGUAUAAGUGAUAUAAAAUAUAUAAAAAAGAACUGUCUAUUGCAAUGCCACUUUGCAGGAAAUUAUGACCUGUACUACGGUUCAGUUUUCCAUAUUUAUCCGCAUGUAAAGGAUCCGGUUAACUCAUGUUAUAGACAUAUAGGCCUUAUCUGUAUUUAUGCAGAAAUGCGUUUGGUAGGGUAUGUAAAAUUUAGUUUUCCAAAUAAUGUUUGGUUACAAUUUCGUACAAUAUUAAAGGAUUAAACAUACAACAUUCAA